UAGAACGAAUAGGAAGAUUGGACGGCUGAGAUUAAUCUGUGGGGUAAACGGGGUGGAUAUUAGGAGGGUUGAGCGAGGCGCAAGGAUCUGUGCGGCAGGUGUGGACCGCGCUUCGGCUCUGCAGGGAUCACCUUGCUUCUGGGAAGCUGCCGGCUACUGUCAGACGGACGGCGGAGAGAGAGCAGAGCGGAGCGAGUAGUCAUAUUGCCGACACACCCAGCUACACAGGUCAACAUGUCUAAACCCCAUGCAUCAGAGGCCGGUAGUGCCUUUAUCCAGACUCAGCAGCUGCAUGCCGCAAUGGCAGACACCUUCUUGGAGCACAUGUGCCGCCUGGACAUUGACUCUGAGCCCAUUGUAGCACGUAACACCGGCAUCAUCUGCACCAUUGGCCCAGCAUCCCGCUCAGUGGAAAUACUAAAAGAGAUGAUAAAAUCUGGAAUGAACGUCGCCCGUCUCAACUUUUCCCAUGGGACACAUGAGUACCAUGCAGGAACAAUCGCAAAUGUACGUGAAGCCACAGAGAGCUUUGCUUCUAACCCGAUCCUGUACAGACCAGUGGCUGUUGCAUUAGACACUAAGGGACCAGAAAUUCGCACCGGGCUGAUCAAAGGAAGUGGAACUGCAGAAGUUGAACUAAAGAAGGGGGCAACCCUUAAAGUGACCCUUGACGAUGCCUACCAGGAAAAAUGUGAUGAAAAAGUUCUAUGGGUUGAUUACAAGAAUAUUACCAAAGUGGUGCAGCCUGGCAGCAAGAUUUAUGUAGACGAUGGACUUAUUUCCCUGCUUGUUAAAGAGAUUGGCUCUGACUAUGUUUUGACGGAGGUAGAGAAUGGAGGGUCUCUUGGCAGCAAAAAGGGAGUCAACCUACCUGGAGCUGCAGUAGACUUGCCAGCUGUUUCCUCCAAGGAUAUCGAGGAUCUUAAGUUUGGACUUGAACAAGGAGUAGAUAUGGUCUUUGCAUCCUUUAUCCGCAAGGCAGCUGAUGUACAGGCUGUUCGAGAAGUUUUGGGGGAGAAAGGAAAGAACAUCCAAAUUAUAAGCAAGAUAGAGAACCAUGAGGGAGUACGAAGAUUUGAUGAAAUAUUAGAAGCUAGUGAUGGCAUCAUGGUUGCCCGUGGAGAUCUAGGUAUUGAGAUUCCAGCAGAAAAAGUGUUCCUUGCUCAGAAGAUGAUGAUUGGUCGCUGCAAUCGUGCUGGUAAACCCGUGAUCUGUGCCACACAGAUGCUGGAGAGCAUGAUCAAAAAGCCACGCCCAACUCGUGCUGAAGGCAGCGAUGUCGCCAACGCAGUCUUGGAUGGGGCAGACUGUAUCAUGCUUUCAGGGGAAACUGCUAAGGGAGACUACCCACUGGAGGCAGUACGCAUGCAGCACGCUAUUGCUCUGGAGGCCGAGGCUGCCGUUUUCCACCGCCAACUCUUCGAGGAAAUUUCCCGUCUCACCGUUAGCUCCAGGCACCCUGCAGAAGCGAUGGCUGUAGGCGCAGUGGGGGCAUCUUUUAAAUGUUUAGCAAGUGCGCUGAUAGUUCUGACAGAGUCUGGCAGGUCUGCACACCUGGUCGCUCGGUAUCGUCCACGUGCUCCAAUUAUAGCUGUGACCCGUAAUGGACAAACAGCACGGCAAGCACAUCUGUACCGUGGUAUCUUCCCUGUACUAUACAAGGAGCCAGUAAAUCAGGCCUGGGCAGAAGAUGUGGAUCGUAGAGUCAACUUUGCUAUGGACAUUGGUAAAGCCCGUGGUUUCUUCAAGACCGGAGACUCUGUCAUCGUGCUUACUGGCUGGCAGCCAGGUUCUGGCUUCACCAACACCAUGAGGGUGGUUCCAGUUUCCUAAAUGUUACAAUAUUCCAGCAGCUCUCGCCCCUCAUGUUUAUGCACUUAGAAUGUUCUUUUUUUCCCAUUACAAAAGUACACAUUGGCAGCCAGUUAGCCCAUUUCUUUGUAUAGGACAGAGGCACUACUGUGUGUGUGUGUGCGCAUAGCACCGUUCUGCUGCUCAAUACACUCCCUUUAGUAAUAGUCGAUUCUAAGAAGUGCUGCACUCCAAGGGAAAAGAUUUAGCGCUGCUUGUGCUCACACUUCUCUCUCCUAGUGUCCCAUAUCCCAGUGUGCUGUAAGUGUCCUUUUGUGUCGUCUUUGGGCCACUGUGUAGCUUGUGGUGUGGUAAUGGGAAUGGUUCUAUCCCAUCUUAUCAACAACUUGCCAGCAAUGUGCUGCGUUUAGUGUUAAAUAAAACCAUGCUAUUGAGUA